CGUCCCUCCUCAUUGCACUCCCGAAUCAAAGUCCAGAAUGACCCCUCCGGCUCUGCCGAUUGAGCUGAUUGAGGCCAUAAUGGACGAGCUGAGUGAACCGGAGCUUAACGCAAGCCUACGCUCUUUCGCUCUUGUACACUCGGUCUUCCUCGAGAAAUGCCAGCGGCGCCUUUUCUCUUCCGUCACAAUCGUGGUCCCGUCGUCCCUUCCGCUCAAGGGAGGGCGCCAAACGCCUAGUCAGCGUUUGCUCAACGUUCUGCGCGGGUCGAGGCAUCUGGCGGGCUAUAUCAUCUCCCUUCAAAUCAUGGAAAGUGGACUGUUGUCACCAGCGGUCAUCCGAACUAGGACGCACGGCAUCAUUCACGAGACCACACUGCUCCAAAUCCUGCCAUUGAUUCAAGGGACAGUGCAAUCGUUGAAGCUGAGCGCAAAAGCGAGAACUCAUGUCGGAGACGACUUCCUGAACGCUCUUUGUUUUCCGCAUGUGGAGACUCUGGUAUUAUGGGACAUAAGCGUGCCUAUCUACAUCCUCGAUGGCUUCCCCCGUCUCCGCGCCCUUGCUUGUCACGUUAUGCGUUGGAUUCCCAUGAUACGAGCGGGCCGCCCACUCCUGAUCGAAACACAGCGCAUGGAGGACCUUGAGAUUGGGACGCAGGACCCCCGCCAAUUGCACCUUUUUGUGGGACUUGCAUCGUCUUAUCCACCUGCCUUCAAUCACAUCACCACGCUCAGGCUCUCCAGCGUCCUCGGCCUAUACGCAGAUCUCAUAUUGGUGAUAGAACUCUGCAAAGAUCGACUCGAGAGACUCGAGAUUGCGUGCCCUGACCGAAUCUUGGCCAGUCUAUUGGACCUGGGCGUGCUUCCACGUCUGCAGCAUCUGUCCUUUGUUGGGAUGGAAAUCGCGAACAUAAACACCGCGAGAUCGCCAUUCUUCUCCAUAAUGCAGAAGGUUCAGCUGCUGGCGCGGCUCAGUCUCAUUUUCUCUGUCCCCUCGUUCGAAAUCUUCCGACAAGAUACACCCGAGUGGAAGAAUUUGGAUGAAAUACUUGGACGAGAGGAUAUACGUAUCGGACACAUCUCUAUUUACCUGAACUACGCCACCGUACCUCGCGGUGAGGUGGCCGGCGGAUUGGUAGCGAGCGUUCUGCCUCGCCUCCACGAGCGCUUCGCCAGUCGGAUGAAUGUUAUGAGAAACAUUUUGUCGCAUAGCUAUCUCUUCUAGGCGGAAGAGGACACAACGCGGUUCUCGCUCGCGCCACAUCGAGGGAUAUUAGGAAUGCAGAAAAUGGGAGGGAAAUGGGCAUGAAUCAUAUCUUGA